GAAGUCAAACAGCCAUGUUCCCAGCACUGCAGAUGCUCAAGCUGGACCAAAACAACAUCACUGAGUGGCGUGUGGUGAAUGAACUGGCGAAGCUUCCCAGUUUGGUUAACCUUUCGUGUCGCGGCAACCGACUAGUGAGCAGUGAUGGAAACCCCAAAACAGCUACUCAGCAGAUCAUCGCAAAACUGGGACAACUGGUCACCCUCAACAGCUGUCAGAUCCACCAUGAUGAGAGGAGGGGGGCAGAGCUCGACUACAUCAAGAUGUUUGGAGUGGAGUGGCUGAAGGCAGGUGGGGGGAGUCAGCCCAGCACCGAGUUCACCUGUCAGCACCCUCGUUACCUGAGUCUCAUCGACAGUAAGUCCCAGCUGUACUGGCCGAUGAUUUAACCUUUUCCACUCCCC